UGCGGUGACCGGCUCGCCGCGGUGGGGUUGGCGACCCAUCGUUUCAAGCUCCUGUUUCGGUGGAAAGGAUCAUUAACGCACCCGCUACCUCUCGGGGAAAGAUGGGGAGCACGACCUCUUGCUGCGUGUCUGCCAGCCCCAAGCUCCGCAGAAAUGCCCACUCCAGGCUGGAGUCGUACCACCAGGAGUCGGAGCUGAGCAGGGAGGAGACGGGAUGCAACCUGCAGCACAUCAGCGACAGGGAGAACGUCGACGAACUGAAUAUGGAUUACAAUCCAUCGGACCAUCCGCGGGCCAGCACCAUUUUCCUCAGCAAAUCCCAGAACGAUGUGCGAGAUAAACGAAAAAGCCUCUUCAUCAAUAACGUGAGUCAUGGAACGUCGAGACGGAAAUACAGCUCCUGUUCCACAAUCUUCCUAGACGACAACACAGUCAGCCAGCCCAACCUCAAAUACACCAUCAAAUGCGUAGCACUCGCGAUUUACUACCAUAUAAAAAACAGGGACACAGAUGGAGGAAUGCUGCUCGAUAUAUUUGAUGAGAAGCUUCACCCUCUUUCAAAAUCAGAGGUGCCGCUGGACUACGACCAGCACGAUCCAGAGCAGAAGCAGAUCUACCGGUUUGUCAGGACGUUGUUCAGCGCCGCUCAGCUCACGUCCGAGUGUGCCAUCGUCACUCUGGUCUACCUGGAGAGGCUCCUGACCUACGCAGAGAUCGACAUCUGUCCGGGGAACUGGAAGCGGAUCGUCCUGGGUGCUAUCCUGCUGGCCUCCAAGGUCUGGGACGACCAGGCCGUGUGGAACGUCGACUACUGCCAGAUCCUCAAGGAUAUCACUGUGGAGGACAUGAACGAGCUGGAGCGCCAGUUUCUGGAGCUGCUGCAGUUCAACAUCAACGUGCCGUCCAGCGUCUACGCCAAGUAUUACUUUGACCUGCGUUCGCUCUCAGAGUCCAACAACCUCAGCUUUCCCCUGGAGCCGCUCAGCAGAGACAAGGCCCAAAAACUAGAGGCUAUUUCCAGGCUAUGUGAUGACAAGUACAAGGACGCACGCAGAGCUGCAAGGAAGCGCUCAGCCAGCAUGGACAAUCUGUGCGGGAUCAGAUGGGUUCCUGCGAUCCUCUCCUAACCACUAUUAACCUGCCAUGUAGUGAACACUGACAUCAGGCUGCAGACACUAAAACAGGCCUACACGGCUCUGAGACUUCAGUUUGGUCACCCAGAUGAUCCCAGGACGUGGAACUUGGUGGAGCCUGAAAUCAACCUCUGGACCUUCAAACUGGAGGCAAGACAGUGACACCGCAUGUGCAGUUUUGGGAGGUGAAGUGAACGCCAGAGAGGUUUCUAACUCAAUGCCUCGACUCGUCCGUUCAUGAUGGAGAGAGGGCAGUUCCAGGCUGUUACAGCUAGACUUGAAUCUAGCUUUGGACAGACCAAGAGGGUCCUGGACAGGACAGCCUUGAAAACCUCCGGACACGGCUUUGUGAACCCGUCUUAAUCAGCACUGUUCAGUUUUCUGGUUUUGUCCAGACUAAAAAUCUGAUAUAACCUGCCUUUGAGAUGCCCCUGCAACUUCACAAACAAAUGUGUUAUUUAUUUUAGCUGAUUAUGUGGACUUAGGUGAGCAGUUGCAGCUGCUUGAACACACCGUACCUGCAAAAAUUCAAAAACUGUAGUGUAGCACUGGAAUUUCUGCCAGUUAUUUGUUUCCUUUGACAGGUCUUAGCUGAUAAAAGUGUUAGCAGUUUUGUCCUUUGGGACUCUUUAUAUUCAAAGUUUACAGUAUUUCUAGCGUACCUCCGGUUACUCAGGUAGACUGUUCAAUCUUUAGUUGAAUUCUGCUUCCCCUCAUUUGAAUAAAUUGAGGGCUGAAACACAAAUUAUGACAAGUGACAAACUGCAGAUGGCGCCAGAAUGAAUAAGCAUUCCUACAGAUGUCACGGAUGCUUUCCUAUUUCUGAGGACUAAUUAUGGGCUUAAUGAAGCAGUUAAUACCACAUUUUUUCCAGACUUUGUAACAUAAAAUAAAAACCAGAGCAUGUUUCAGAGGUUCUGGUUGAAUAUUCAUCAGAUUUUGAUUUGUGACUUUUUCAAGUUAAUUCAGAUUUUACAAGCCCAAGAGAAGCUUUGAGUCCAGCACCGCCUCUCUGCUGACAUCUAGUGGACUCAUGAGUGUUGAUGAAUCGUUUCAGGUCAUGUCGGUUUAAAGGGUCGGAUGUGUCUCGGUGCAUGGUGGAAUUGAGAUGUCUCACUGAACUCCAACACAUUGAUGAAGGGUCAUUUUGCAUGCUCCAAAUUCAAUUAGCACCAAAAUACUGUUAGAGUAAAACCAGCAGGACAAACACAGCAAAGAGCUGGUCAUACUGGUCCAACAAACACAGCCUGCAGCAGACGCCGGUCAGUAGAGGGUGUGAGGAGGCCACACAGCGCCGCUUGAUUUCUUAUUUAUUCAGUAUUAUCGAGCUAGAUAACAAUGCAUUGCAUCUAUAGUACAGUAAAAAAUCUUAGAAGUCCCACACUCAAUGGCUGCUGCCCCAGUGUCUUUAAUUCCUAGCUGACCCCUUCACAGUCCUGUCAGAAUAAAAAUCAGCUUGGUUGUUGAUGAUUAUUUAACUUAGAUUGAAGGAAUUCAGUCCUUUCAUGCAUGUAUUCGUCUUUGAGUCGAAGGGUUUCAACAGCUUUCCCCAAAUUUAAAACCUUUUCAACAGCAGUCUGGGCCAAAGAAGCUGUACUGUCUCAUUUCCAGCUGGUGGUUUAGUGUUGGAAGCACAACUUUUAGUUAUCACAGUUAUGAUUUUCCAGUGAUCUGCUGUCUCUAGCGUCCACCGACCAACCGCACCCACUGUAUGUGUCCUCUUCACCUGUCCCGAACACAAAACGUCCAGCCAUGGUGGGCCACUAAAUGUUCCAUUGCCCUUAAACCCUCAAAUUCUUACACCAAACACAACAGUUAGACAGAUGACGCAGUUAUGACAUUAAUUUUCUGAAGAUAAACCCGGACAGCUGAGUCGAGAGUUGAAACUGCAGACGAACCGAUUCUUUUGUAUUUCCACAGCUACUGUACCGGCAAACAGCUGAUCAGGUCUUCACUUUUUUCCAUCAUUUGUCUGAAAACUAAAGCACUAAAAUAUAAUUAUUUUGCAAAUUAACUUUGUAAUGAGUAGAAAGAGUUAUUGUG